UUGAUUUUCCAGGGCUUGGCCUUCAUUCAUCAGUCGUUCUUGGAGUAUCACGGCUCUCUGACAUCGAAAUGUUGUCUCGUGGAUGACCGUUGGCAAGCGAAGGUAUCCGACUACGGCCUAAGAAAGUUAAGAGUGUAUGACAAGCGCUUGCCGCAAGUUUUGCUAUCAUAUGCGCUCAACUGGUUACGAAGACUUCUGCAUGGGAUUUGGAUAACAGAGAUGAAGACGCGUCAGGUUUGUAUGUAA